UUCACCUUCGAUUGCAUGGUAGGGAGCCGCGAACAGCCGGGCUCUAAUGGAGGUCUGCACCCCACAAGGUGUUGCACCAGUUUCCCACUAAAAGAUAAUGUUUCCUUCAGAUCUUUCAAACAUGCUUCCAACAUGAACAUUUGGUGGCCAUCAUGCAGCUUGAGCACAUUGGCAAUACUUCUUUCAUUGUGCCUCUCACAUGCCCAAAACACUGAAGAGGCAUGCCCUUUGACAUCUGGAGAGGAGUGCAUUGUCAAUUUGCAUGGAAAGUCGGGGGAUGGAUACUACACAGAAAUCAUCAUCGGAACACCACCACAGAAGCUGAAGGCACUUAUUGACACUGGGAGCAGUAAUGUGGCCAUUGCUGCAUUGCCACAUCCCCAGAUCUCCAAAUUCUUCAACCAAACCCAUCGACGUGGUCCGCCUGCCGGAGACGAACGCGCCGACGGUUACGCUGCGACAGUGGCGCUCAUCAAGCACUCACAAAACUUCUACAUCAACGGCUCCGAGUGGCAGGGCAUCGUGGGUCUGGCGUUCAAGCCGAUCGCGCUGCCCAACUCGUCGGUGGCGACGUGGCUGGACGCGGCGCAGCACGUGCGGCUGGGCCAGCUGGGCUCCGUCUCGGUGGCGCUCUGCGGCCCCGGCCCCACCGGUCGACACCACGGCUACAUGGAGUUCGGCGAGACGCGGCGGGCCCUGCUGGCCAGCCGCUUCCACUCGGCCGCCAUCUUCCGGUCGUGGUUCUACGAGAUCCUCAUCACCAACAUGACGGUAGCCGGCCGGCGGCUAGCGCUGCCCUGCGUCGAGUUUAACACGGACAAGACCAUCGUCGACACCGGCACCACUAACCUGCGGCUGCCAGAGAGGGUGUUCAGUGAAGUCAUAGCAGUGGUGCAAGAGCAGGCCGCCUUCCUAGCAGACAGGGUCGCAUACGUUCUGGACGGGCAAAGGGCGAUUAUGCUUCCCGACCGUGAAACGCCACCCACCCCCAACAAGACGGCUUCGUUCGACCUCACCGUCACGUCGCGGAGCUACCUCCGGGAGGCGUUCGACGGUCCGGCCGGCAACGAGCGCUGCUUCAAGCUCGGCAUUGACUCGUCCACGACGGGCUCCGUCCUUGGUGUGGUCGUCCUCGAGGGCCUGUACGUGCGCUUCAAACUGCACACGCGGUGA